UACAUAUGUGCACCUUGAUGGAGUACUAGAAACAUGAACAAACAAAAAUUGACUUGGUUUAUAUUGCUGCUUUGUCACCACACUUUAUGUGAAAAUAGCAGUAAGGAAGACUUAUCGGGGGCGGAAGCGAAAGAUGGGUUGGAAAUUGUGAAAUCAAUAAAAAAAAUUAAUAACGACGGAUCUUACACAAUCGGAUACGAAUCCGAUGAUGGGUCGUUUAAGAUUGAAAGUCGAGAUGUGCUGGGUAAUGUAAAGGGAACUUACGGGUACAUUGAUGAGAAAGGUGAAGUGAAAAGGGUGUCGUACAGUAGUAGUAACCUAACGGAGUCAAAUACGGAUAUUCCUUCGGUUGUUCAGCGAAUUCCCAAAGGUAACAAGACUACGAAGAAGCCAUCUGUUUUGUUAUACAACCCGACUACACCCGCGACACCUACAAGUUCAACCUCGAAGCGUAGGUUUACAACUCAAUCGUCAAGCACCUCGUCUACAACUGCAAAAAACAAAGCAACUACAACUGAUGGUGCUAGCAUAGUAUAUGCAACAUCGGCACCGUUAAGAAGCGCUCUGCACCCACGUCCUCUUUUGAGGGCGACCACCGCACCUUUAACAUCAAUUCAACGGUUAGAAGGACAACUCAUACGACCCGAAAUUUACUCAUCACCAUCCACAGACCUUCCAAUCAUUAGAAGAUUGGCUCUUAAAAAUCAAUUACCCUAUUCCGAAGCAACAACUCCUAAACCUGUCGCGGUUGCGUCGGAGUUGCGCAGUAAUGUUCUCAGGCGGCAAUUGCACCCCGAGAAUAAUUUCGAUUCGCGACAUCAUGCAUUAUCAUUACAACAAGGAUUCGGAGAAGACGCCGAGGACGUUUACAGCGCUUCUAUAACGACAGGAGCACCGCGACCCCUAUUCACCACCACCCACCGCCCCAGAUUGCUACCAAGUGUACGGGCAGUAGUCGAGAAACCACACUCAAAUCACGUCCUUAAUGACUUGGACAACAGACCAACAACUGAAUACGCGGAUGGAAGUUCGACCACUGAAGUGGCGGUCACACAAUCAAACAACCAAAAAGUGACACCAACUUAUGUUCAAAAUAUUCAACCCCCACUAAUCGCUGUCCGCCACCCCUACUACGAGGGUGUUGUGCUGGUACCAGCCGACCAAGUUCGCGCCCAAGAACAACAUCCCCAAUACAUUCUACCGAAUGGUCAAGCCUUUAAGGCAGUUCACCCUACUUCCAACCCCAACUUUGUUCAGAGCCCAACUCCCUUCUACUUGUCAAGGCAAGCCCCCGUUCAAUUUGAUCAAAGAGACUACCACCGUCCCUUGCCUUCACAAAUCUUUACCCCCGCACCUUUACCACUUCACCAUCACAUCCCUUCACCGCACCGGUUGAACUACGAAGCGAACAACGUUGAUGAAGACGUUGACAACAUUAAACCACCAGUAAGCACGAGAGAAUUCCAAAAGUUAUUAGAGCUAUUAAUACUUCGACAAAAACGGCUGGAAAGCGCAAACGCCCUCAUAAACGCGCAAAGGGAGAGAGAAGUUUACCAGCCGCAACAUUACAGAGGCGGCCGACCCUUAUUCGUGCAGAAACACGACCCUUACCAGCACUACGCUCACCCAGAACACGCUCGCAGAAACGAGAACGGUUACCAAUUGCUCGCGUCAUUUUCCCCAAUGCAACAAGGCGCAGCCACACGCAGAGUACCAAGAUUGUUACACGCGCCCCAAGUAAAAGAAGAAGGUGCGGACGAUGAGUAUUUACCACCUGAAAUCCGCGAAAUGUUACUUCUUCGAAUGCUUCAGUUAGCCAUCAAUCCGAGCCUUCCUCUGCAACCGGAGGACGCGAUAAGUGACGGCGAAACGGCCGAGUCGUCGGAGCAUGAGGUAAAACAACCGGGUGUCAGAAAUGUAGAGAUACUGGGCGAGGUUGACGACGAGGUAAAACCGGCGGAACGAAGUAAGAGGUUUAGAGGCAACGCCAAAAGUUACUAUAAGCGAUAGCUUCGAUUUUUGAUCUUGUAUUUAUUCUAGAUAGGUUUAUUUUUUUAAUUAAUUGUUAUAAUGU